AUGGCGAGCAAGAUCCCCGCGACGUUCAAGGCCGUGACGCCGUUCAUACGACGGGCAGAAGAGCUGGAUCGGGACCGAAGCCGCCCCGAAAGCCAGAUGGUGGCGUACUAUUGUCGACAAUACGCUAUGGAGCUUGGGAUCAAGCUUCGGAACCACGACGCGUCGGACGAAGCGUCCAACUACUUGCUUUCCCUCAUGGAAGCGCUGGAAUUGGAGAUGCGCUCGUUGCCUGCGCACACUCAUGAAGAAGGUCGCAUCAUCUGCGAGAACUUUGCCUAUGACAUCUUCAUGCGAGCCGACGAAGAAGAUCGCAACGGCGGCUCCAACAAGAACACUGCUCGUACAUUCUAUGCGGCCGGGAGCUUCUUCGACAUUUUGAAGCAGUUUGGACCUCCCAGCGAAGACGUGUUGGAAAAGACAAAGUACAGCAAAUUCAAGGCCGCCGACAUUCUGAAAGCCAUCAAAGAAGGCCGAACUCCCACGCCUGGAGCUCCCAGCGAACAAAUCCCAAACUCCGCCGCCGUCGACGCCAUUGGCACCGCAGGAGCACCUGCGCAACAGCAAUUCGUCGCAGCCCCUUCCCCGCCAGCCCCUGCUCCUUCCAACGCCCCCGAUUUCCCAAACAUGGCGGCAUUUAGCUACGAUAUUCAACAACCACGACCAGCACCUGUCGAACCCGAAUUCCAACAGCAACCGCCACGGUAUACCCCACCUCCACAAGCAGUGGCACCGCCGCCUUCUCCACCUGCUUACGCGCCACCGCCGUCCGCGCCGCAGUAUGCCCCGCCUCCGACCCCUCCCCAGUUGACGCAGCCAACGUACUCUGAACCGGCCCCCCAACGAUCCAUUCCAUCGUACCAACCGCAACCUGUGACUGCUGGUCCAGCUCGGACAGGAGAGGGGUGGUCGCAAAACAACAUCAACGACGCCAUGGAGUGCGCCAAGUUUGCCGCGGCGGCGCUCAAGUCGCGAGAGGUGGAGCUGGCGAUUCAGCGGCUGGAACAAGCUCUCCAGUGUUUGCGUUAA